GCACUGACAGCUGCCCCGAGCCCGAGCGGGCGGCGCCGCUCCCGUCCCAGCCGGCGGCUCCCUCCGCUCCGCGCCCCGCCGCUCCCCGCCGCCCCAUGGGCCGUCGCCGCCGGGGGGCGGGGAGGAUCGUGUCGCCGCUGUGAGCCCGGGGGCGGCCGAGCCCCCGCUCCGCGGGCACCAUGGACAGUAUCCUGGAGCCCUUCCCCACCGAGCGGCUCUUCCCCGCCGCCGGCACCGGCUUCCUCGACCUCGGCGACUUCAGCGAGGCGGACUUCCUCAGCAAUGUGCAUUUCUCGGAGAACCUGGAUCACUUCUCUGACAACAUGGAGGACUUCUCCAGUGACCUCUUCAGCAGUUUCUUUGAUGACCCAGUACUGGCUGAAAAGAACCCACUGCUGGACAUGGACCUCGAUCCACCCACACCAGGCAUCCAGGCAGAGCACAGCUAUUCCCUCAGUGGAGACUCAGCUCCCCAGAGCCCUCUUGUGCCUGUCAAGACUGAAGACAAUGCUAAUGAGCUGGAGAAUGGAGUGUGGUCGCUGGGGCCCAAGCUCUGCUCCAUCAUGGUGAAACAGGAACAGAACCUGGCUCUAGACCUGCCUGAGUCCCAGCUACCUGCCAGCUCCAUACCAGUGCUGAACCUCAACCCUCUGCAGAGACUGCCAGUCCCCGAGGAGACUCCCAUAGAAAUGACUCCAGCACCUGUGAUCAAAGCUGAACCCAAGGAGGUGAACCAGUUUCUAAAUGUACCUGCAGUAGAUGACCUGGUGCAGAUGCCUCCAACUCCACCCAGCAGUCACGGCAGUGACAGCGAUGGAUCCCAGAGCCCCCGCUCCCUGCCUCCCUCCAGCCCAGCCCGAACUGCUGCUCGCUCUUCUGCUGCCAUCUCCUCCUCACCCCUUCUCACAGCACCACAUAAAUUACAAGGGACCUCUGGCCCGCUGCUCUUGACUGAAGAGGAGAAACGUACCUUGACUGCUGAGGGCUACCCCAUUCCUACUAAACUGCCCCUCACCAAAGCAGAGGAGAAAGCACUGAAGAGGGUUAGGAGGAAAAUCAAGAACAAGAUCUCUGCUCAGGAGAGUCGCAGGAAGAAGAAAGAAUAUGUGGAGUGUCUAGAGAAAAAGGUUGAGACAUACACAACAGAAAACAAUGAACUCUGGAAAAAAGUGGAGACCUUAGAGAAUGCAAACAGGACUCUGCUCCAGCAGUUACAGAAGCUGCAGGCUCUGGUAGCUGGGAAAGUCUCCAGACCUUACAAAAUGGCAUCCACACAGACUGGGACCUGUCUAAUGGUCCUGGCACUCUGCUUUGUGCUGAUCCUGGGAUCCCUGAUGCCCUGCCUCCCUGAGUUCUCUUCAGCAUCGCAGACAGUGAAAGCAACACCAGCACCAGACAUUUACACAACUAGUAAGAUUCAGUCACGGAGCCUUCUUUUCUAUGAUGAGGGUGCCAGCUCCUUAGAAGAGAGCUAUAGUUCCUUCCUAACCAUGGACCAUCCUGAGGGGUGGGAGGCUGAAAAAGGUCCAUCUGUCAAGGGAAGGCCUCAUCUAGCCAGGACACACGAAACGACAAAAUAUCUGAGCAAAUCCCAGAUGGAGGGUUCUGACCAGAACCAAACUGACCCAACUCUCACCCACCUCAAAGAGCAAUUUCAUGAGAGGGAGACAAGCUCCAGUGAGACAGCUGAAUACUUGUAGCAGCUGCUGAACCUCAAGCCCUCAUCUGUCUAACUGCAGGAUUCCCUCCUCACCGAGCAACUGAGGGGACUUGGCAGGAGAGAACACUGCAUUCAGACUCUUUUAACCAGCUUUGGGUUCAGUUCCUCCCUUUCCCUGUGUCCCCCUUGCCCCAUUAGUACAGAUCUCUCUUGAGAAUCACAGGACUGCCAGAACCAGCAAUAAAUGUCAGGUGAAGCCCUGAGAUGCCCUCUUCUCCUGGCCUUACCUUCUGUUUAAAUGAGCACUACCCUAUGGGUGUGGGCUCACCUUGGAGUGAAGGGAGAUCAGGGGAAGCUCUCAAUUCAUCUCACUCCUCAAAGCCUCCAGACCAAGGGGGCUGUCCCCAGGCAGGUACCCCUGGGCUACAUCAGAUGCACCUGAAGAAGAGAGAGAGUGUGCUGGAUUUACUGUCCUGCCUGGGGGUCUUAGGAAAGGAUGAUGCUCGUGUGGGAGAGAUGGUUCUGGAGAGUUUGAGCUCCUCCCUUCCUUGCCCUCCAUCUGUUAGUCUACUCCUGUUUCCAUUGAGAGAAAACCUAGUUCUUCCUUGCUCUGGUUUUCUCUUGAUGGCCAUGCCUACAUAACUUCCAUGCCAACUAUCUGCAAAGAUCUGCACAAAAACGGAGUGUGGGAGACAGGUCCCAGACAGAUAAACCACAGAAAGAUUAGCCAGCAGCUUCUGGAAAACCAGAGCUUCUGGAAAAACAGACAAUAGUUUUGCCCCACAACCCCUUUCUUCCCAUUCUCAGCAUCCUUGCUUUGAAGGGGUCUUUUUUCCCUUUCUAUUCCAAGCUCGGGCCCUACAGUGCAGUGCUAACCAGGUCAGUGGCAUCUUCACCUUCCAUCCUGCAGGCCUUCUCCUUUAAGAAUAGGUGAGACCCAUAUCCUGACACCCAUACCAGCUUUCCACCCCCAAUUCUGCUUCAUGCCAAAUGGGGUCUUUCUAAGAACCACCAAGGAGAGCUCUGCAGCCCAUUGGAUGCCUGUCAAAUAACCACCAUUCCCCUCACAUUCUCCACAGCAGUGUCAUGAAAGCCACUGAGGACAUAUUGGCAUCUCUGGUGAGAGACACAUCUGCCAGGAAAGAGAUGGAAUGUUGGAAUUGGCCAGGGUCCUUCUAAGUGUGGGUACCAAAGGUAGCAAACUCUUGCCAUACCACCCUUCAGGCCAGACUUGCCAAAUAUGGUGCUGAAAUUACCUCAUCUCAAGCCUAUGCCAUUCUCUUUAGCAACCAGACACCCAUUUCUGACCCUUCUACCUCCCCAGUAAAAACCCUGCUGAAAGGCUCAGGUGUCUCCUUGCUCUGUUCCCUCAGCUGCCAUUUUAUGGGAUGACAAUGUGGGACAUGAGUGUUGGAGAUCUGAAAUGUGGCAGUUUGGCCCAUGCAUCUCCAUGGAAGUGCCUGUGCACCCUACCAGGUCUCACAACAGGCUCCUUUUCAGCUUAUUUCUCUUCAAGCACUCUGGACUCUGCACUGCCCCAACCCCUCCUUUCCUGCCAGGCUGGGAGUGGAGAGGGCUCCCCAGAGAAGAAGAAUGGGGUGGCUCUUGCUCAAGGACUGGGAAAAGUAAGGGAAGGGCCUUCACAUCC